GCAUUGCUUACAUAGAACGUUGAACUGGGGCGUGUAUGUGACCCAGCUAGUGCUAUGCUACUAGACACGAAAGUACUAAGCGGUUGGUUUACAUCGAAGACUCGUUGUCAACUUACGUUGGAAUGGAGUCAGAAAAAGUGAAUACCGAAACCAGCUGAGCACAGAGGGGCAAAACUACAGCCGAAGGAAUUCGGAAAGGCAAUAACUGCAGGUCAUUGCGACAGGACUAACCGAGAGAGAACAAGAGACCUUGCACUCGCCAGUGGAAAGAAGUGCUCAUUAUGAGAAAUGUUUCCAACUGACUCAUUGUUUUCACAUCGGUUACAGUUUUCUGGGUCGAAGGAGACUGCGUUUUUAUGGAAGAAGCAACCCUAACCCAUGAAUGAAAAAAUGCGUAACUGAUAGAUAAUAUUACGACUUGUAAGGAAAUAUGAGAUUUGUUACGGGGACGUGCUCUUGAGUGAGGUUUACCGGUCCAGGCAAACUUUUCUUUGUCACUACAAUGCUGCUGCCGUGUUUGCAAAGAGCUCUACGACCCGCCCUCACGCUAGCGAGUCCAAGGCUAGCGUUGGGAAAGGUCUGCGUUAACCCACCCAUGGUCCGCAAGCCUUUUUCACCGGUGCUGUUGAUGCAGAGCAGUGGCUUGGGCACACAUCCACACAGUGAACCAAUGGAGCCGCUUACUUCGCCGCAGGGGGCAAGGGAGUUCAUUUAUAGCCUUCACCCAACGGAACGUUCAUGCUUACUAAAAGAACUCCACCGUUUUGAAUCCAUAGCUAUUGUCCAAGCCUGUAAGAAAUCGCGGUACACCGGGGGUGCUGCCGGCGAGCAGCCCGAGGAGGAGGAGCCCCGUGCCGGUCCCGCCUCGGACGGACAGAAGCAACUGGAAAUGGCCCCUCCCACUACAGCUCAGCUGAGAUACGUGCUUCUGCACAAUGCGAUCCCCUUCGUCGGGUUUGGCUUCCUUGACAACGCCAUCAUGAUCGCCGCGGGGACGCAGAUAGAAUUGUCCAUAGGUGUGAUCUUCGGAAUAUCAACUAUGGCAGCGGCUGCCCUGGGGAACCUGGUGUCGGAUCUGGCUGGCCUGGGUCUUGCAGGGUACGUGGAAGCUCUGGCCCAUAGGCUGGGCAUGCAGAUCCCGGACCUCAGCCCCAAGCAGGUGGACAUGUGGCAGACCCGGGUCAGCUCCCACAUGGGGAAGGCCAUCGGAGUCACCAUCGGCUGCCUGCUGGGCAUGUUCCCCCUGUUCUUCCUCGGGGACGACGACAACGACGACGACAAGAAGAAGAAGAAGAAGAACGACGCGGCACCCAGCGGCAACUGACGCCGCGUCGCCGCGCAGACCUCUUCAGGCGUGAAAAGCCCGGCGCGGACCGGUCCGCCGCAAACUGUUCCACAUUUAUCAUAGCAUAGCUAGCCUCUCUGAGGCACAGGAGACCCGCACACAUUAGAGUAUCUACACUAAAGACGUGACCCGCUGACGAUGCCGUUGUCUGAACAGCAUUAUUAAAGUCUACCUUCUAAUUUUUUUCGGAACCACCAGCUCCUAAAUCUGCUUCUUGGGGCUAAGCCUACGUUAGUGUAGUCUUACAUUUUUACAAGGUAAAGUCAUAAAGCUAUGAGGUUUUCCCCAGUUUUCAGCAGAUAGAGGGGACAGUGAUUCUCUGCUGGAGUCACAUCACAUUUCGGUGAACUAAUUUCAGCACUCCUUUUGAAGGUGCACCAUGAAAAAUAUUCUGGUGUAGUUUUGAAGUUACAAUUUCCAUAUGCUGUCACGAUUAUCUUAGUUUUUUUUUACCAUCAUGAAAACAUCGCACUGUAAAUCGCACUGCAUUUACUUUUAGGGUUGUGGGUAUGUUCUGUAGUCCUGGGAGGCAGUUAGCGUGGGGUUUUGAUAGGUUCUCACUGAUUGCAUUGUUAAGCUCCAGGGGGUCUUUGAUAACCUCUCCCGGUGUUGUAUGUAGUUUUGUGUGGAUUUGCGUAGUGUUGCAUAGUCCUUAGAUAACUUAGCAGCUGCAAGUCAGAAUAUUAUAGGAAUAGAUAGGUGGGGUAUAUUUUGGGUCCUUGAAAAAAAUAGUUAACCUGAAAUAAUUUGUAAUACCUAGCUGUUUAAAUGGAAAAAAAACCUGUGGGGAAUUGUGUAUUCAUGACACAUUUGGGAGUGACUUGGCAAGGUUUUGUUUCCAUUUUUAUUUUCUUAACAUCACUGUACAAAAUACUUAUUUCCCCACAGUGUUAGCCAUUUUUUAUUAGUAAUAUUACUGUAAAGUCCAAACACACAGGUUAGUUUUAGUUUAUACGUGUACGUAUAUAUCCUGAUUGAAAUGUAACCAACAGAUGCAGUCAUUUUUAAAUGUUACUCAAAAGACAAUGAAGUGAGGGUAAAAGAUUCAGGGUUUUUUUGGAACUGAAUUGAAGCCUAAACGCAGGGAAAUGUAGGAAAUGUGAAACUGGAAGGAGUGAAAUCUUUUGACUGUCCUCAGACUGUCACAAGCAUCCCAAAAAGGAUGAUGUUUUAAUACACUGGUUCUUAAACCUUUUAAUAUCGGGACCCAAAUUAGAAAUACGUUUUAAUGUCUGGACCCAAAUGUGGAGUUUAGUAUCUUUCAGGGACCCGUAAAAGUACGCAUACUAGCGUGCGUGGCCUAGUGCACUACACACUAAUUCCGGGACCCAACUCACACUCCUACCACCCAUUUUGGGUCCCGACCCAGAGUUUAAGAAACCCUGUUUUAAGACAACAUGCAUUUAACUUUAUUUCCUUAGUUUGCUUAUAAAUAUUUUUUAUAUUAUGCAGGAAAAUGUAUUUAUUAAGCAUUUGUGCAGAUAACAUUGUUCUCAGUGUGCAUAUGGAAGGAAAAAGCUGUAUAUUUUGCACAGAAUUCGGUCUUAUCAUAGGAUUUCUCAUUUGGAAUGAGCUCAAAUUACUCUGAAUCCAUUAGUAUUCAAACCACUCAUUAGGUCUUGAUGAGGAUUUCCUGAGUCAGAGAGAUGCAUGCUCUUAAUAUAAUAGUGCUGCUAGUGCAUGACUGUCUUCUGAUUUGGGGCAGAACUAAGAAAAACUUUAUUUGUUCAUUUAGUCCAUCUGCCACUUUAUUCAACAUCGGAUCAAGUCGUUAUAUUGUGUGUGCUUUAAAAAAACAGUGUAAUAGCCUAUCCUUUUCUUUUCAUCUGUCUGCUUAGUCCAGUCUUUGGAGAUCAGCUCUUGGAUUUUAGCCGUACUAGCCCUUGAACAAUGAAACCGCUUGCCGUCAUCCAAGAGCAUGAUUGCAGUACUAAAUUAUGGGAGACCAGUUUGAAGUAAGGGUGUGAACCCACCACUCAUGGGCUCCAGCUAUGAAUAUGUAUGUUCUAUAUUUUGAAGAAGCUCAACAUGUACAUGGCACAAGUUGAGAGCCUGCACAAUUUGAAAAAGUAUGCAGAUGAGACUGGUGAAAAUCACUGGCGAGAAACUGAUUCACAGUGAGAACACGCACCCACAAGUCUCGAGCAUGCAGCCUUGCCUGCAGUACUGCAAUUUGUUUUGUCUUGUCUAUCAUUGAAAUAUGAACUUGAUACUGAAUCAGAUACGAUUCAAAGAUUUUAAUUCUAUGCAUAGAUUUAAUGUACAUUUAUUAUGACUGAUCUGCAUGAUCCCAUCUACUAACCCAGUGUAAAUGCAAUAAUUCACCAACAUGAUUUCUAAUUGAAAUCAAGGCAUAUUUAUGGUCUCCAUGCCUUAGGUAAAAUAUUUAACAGUGGUCAUGUACUGUUGCCAUUAAAAAAAAAAAAAAAGAUUUAUAGUUUGAACAAUUUUGUGUGGGAUUUUUUUUUACAUUGAUUUGUAUGUAUCGUGUGACAUUUGGACUGGAAUACCUCUCUACUGGUUGCUUGAGUAUGAAACUAUUCAGCACUAUGGCUUUAAGACAAGACUAUAAAAGAUUGCCAAGCCCUGUUCCCGUAACACUAGAUUCGAAGCUCAUGGUUAACAGUGUGCUCAAUCCUACAGUACAGUUCUCCUCUUG